AUGGACCCGGAGACACCACAGACACAGCCGGGGGAAGACCGUUCCAGCGAAGACUACCUUCCUCCCAACCUUCCCCGGCCAGUGGAUGACCACUGCUGCGACCACCUAUGCACUUUCCAGUUGCCGUCGCUGCUGCUUACUUCUACCAAGAAUGAGACAAUCGAUCUGUCCAAGCUGAAUGGCUUGACCGUCCUUUUCUGCUAUCCGCGCACCGGAAAACCCAAGGACCCUGUGCCCGACGACUGGAACGUCAUCCCAGGCGCUCGUGGCUGCACGCCGCAAGCCUGCUCAUUCAAUGUCGCCACCUCGGAACUCAAGGGAUUGGGUAUUUCGAAUAUUUUCGGUCUCAGUACGCAGGAGACUGAGCAUCAGAAGCUCACUCGCGAACAUCUGCGUCUCAGCUAUCACCUUCUCAGCGACGAGCACUUCAAGCUCUGCGAGGCUUUAGGUUUGCCCAUGUUUGAGUAUGGAAAGUGGCGCCUAGUCAAGCGGGUGACUAUGGUCAUAGAGGAUGGCAAGAUCAUCUGGGUGGACUAUCCGGUCUUCCCUCCCGACAAAAGCGCCGAGAAGGUUGUGGAGUACUUGAAGACGCUUUCCAUCAACAAGCCAGCCCCUGGUGAUGUUCAGCCUGCCGCGGAUCCGCCUGCUGGCGCAGGACCUUCAAACCCGGUGCCAGCCGUAAAGAGCCCGGCGCCAGCCGAUGAAGGUUCCAAGAGGCAGGGUCCUGCGUCAAACUUCCACCUCUGCCAAGAGUGGGUUGAGAAGAAGGCUCGGGAGGCUUCAAAGGGCACUACGGCUGAGAAGGACAAGUCCUCCAACAGUAUCACUGGAGAAAUUGCUGGGCCCGGCAAGAAGUACGCUUUUCACUUCAGCGGAAGCUGCACCACCAAUUAG